AUGAGCUAUAUAAGAUUGAGAAAUAAGUACAGGAAAAUAACCCUACUGAAUAUACAUGCACCGACUGAAGAGAAAGAUCUAGAAGUAAAAACAGAAUAUUACGAAGAACUAGAAAAAGAAUAUGUGAAAAUACCAAAGCAUGACAUUAAAAUGGUUAUAGGAGACGCCAACGCAAUGAUAGAUAAAGAGAAUUGCUACAGGCCAACAAUCGGGAAAGAAAGCAAACACCAAAAAAUGAAUCAAAACGGAGAAAAACUGAUAGAGUUUGCAGAAGAAAAUAAAAUGGUAGCCAAAAGCACCUUCUUUGCGCAGAAAGAGAUCUACAAAGGCACAUGGAUGUCGCCUGACGGAAAAACGGUCAGCCAAAUAGACCACAUACUGGUAAAAACGAGAGAUGCCCAACUAAUAACCAGAUUAAGAAGCUACAGGGGAGCAGAAGCGAAUUCAGACCACUUUCUAGUAAGAGCAGACCUCAAACAAGAAAUACCGAAGAAAAAAGAAGGAAAGAAGAUGCAACGUGAUAUAAAUGUAAACAAACUUAAGAAAGCUGAAGUACAACAGGAAUACGAACAAAAGAUGAAUGAGAGAAUAAGAUGA